AUGGAUGGCUCUCUGAUCGCCAUCAUGAUCCCGUUCUUUCCGGUGGAGGCGGCCUCUCGCGGCGUUUCUCAAAAAGCCAUCAGCGGCGUUUUUAGCUGCUACGCCGUGGCAAAGAUGAUGCUGAGCCCGCUAGUGGGUCGGCUGGCUCCGAAGAUUGGUAUCAGUCGGCUUUACAACAUCGGUCUGGCGCUGGCGGGCGCGACUACGCUGUUGUUUGGGCUGCUGAACCGGAUCGAAGACACCCAGACCUUCAUGGGCGCUGCGUUCGCGGUGAGGCUCGUGGAAGCGGUUGGCUCGGCGGCCAUCUCCACGUGCGGCUACACCAUCGCCGGGAGCGAGUUCGGUAGCCGCGUGACCACGGCGGUUGCCGUGAUCGGCUCCUCGCUUACGCUUGGAGUGGCGCUGACACCGGCCCUCUGGGGCGGCCUGUACGCAGUCGGCGGCUUCGGCACGCCCUUCUUCACACUCGGAGCGCUGAUGCUGCUGACCUCAGCGGCCCUAAUUCGCCUGAUACCCGACAUUGAGAGCACCCACUGCCAGCAGGCGCCGUUUGCCACGUCGUUGCUAAAGUUUCUCGGCGCGGUCGACAACUGGCUGUGUCUGGCUACUGUUUUCGUCUUUUCUGCUGUCAUUAACACGGUCGAGGCAACGUUGGCGGUGUACGCUGACCGGGUGCUUGGUGUGCCGCCGACUCUGGUCGGUCUCUUCUUUCUCGUCUCGUCCACAAUCACGAUGCUGGACGCGAGCGUGGCCAGUGGCCUCGACGACAGCCUGGCCACCAGGGCGUUUGUUUCGAGCCUGUUCCACGUCGUCUUUUCCCUAGGAGGCACGCCCCGGGGACUCUGGAGAUCCUUCACCGACAUAGAGUGUUCCGAUGAGACCAUAUCGUCCGCUGGAACGGCCACACACGGCCGCCGGCUGCUCCGCCGAAUGGACUGUGCCACUUGGAAGAUGGACGCAGUGCAGCCUGAGAUGACCCAGGAGACGGCGGUGUUGCGCCCCGUGACCCUGGCUCUGGGGGUGCGGACAGUAUCGCGGUGCAUGUGUAUGUACCCGAAGGUCAUGAAGUGA